AUGCUAGAGCAAAACGCUGACCCGGUCGGCGCCCGGCUCUUAGUUAAGAAGAAAAGAGGCUUCUUCGUCUCGCUGGACAAGUUACUGGUUGUGUCUGUCCUUGAGGAGAUUCCGCGUUUACAGCGGUACGCGGGGGUGAGCAGCAUGGCGGUUUGUAGAGAGAAGCACAUUUCUGCUGAAGUCACCCUUUGCCGGGAAGGCGACGGGUGUGUCCGCACUCGUCGCAGAAAAAUCGUAGGGGUCCCCGUUGGAGAAUGGCGCCUGCUGCGUCUGCGCUAG